AUGUGCGUGGGGAAAAAGAAAACGAAGACAUCAAACUUGGUUCCUCCAAAAGGCCGCCGACCGUCCGCAAACCUUAUAACGGCCCAGGUACAGGUAGCAAUAUUCAAAUUGAAAAAAAAAAUCCACUUUCCAAUUUUUUUUUUCAGAGGAGCGAGGUGAAAGUAUCUAAGGAUCACGACAAAAAACAUUUCGAGAGGAGUAUUGAGAGGCCAAAAUGUCUAGAAAAAAUUGAUAAAAAGUUGAAUAACGACGCUCCAAAAGGUUACAUUGCUAAACAACAGGGAGAAGUUCGGAAGGCUGCAAAAAGGAACCUCAAGAAGUUUUCAAAAAAAAGCGAACUUCUCUAAUUACCUUUUUGUCAUUUUUGCAUCCUUCUCAGUUCUUGCAAAAAUUGUCCUGGUCUUCGAACUUUUUCGUUGACCUCAUUUCCGAAUCUAUCAUCAGGGAUAUCUUCGAACUUUGUCUUGGAAGCUUUUCGAUUUCCGAAUUCAGUGCACACGCAUGCAAGUGGGGAUAAGAAGAAAGACAGAGCGACACAUGAAACGAAAUUUACGGUAACAGUGGAAAAGAGGAUUCCCGAGAAAAAAGACGAAGGCAAGACGUCGGGGCUAAAGAAAGCCUCUGCGAAGAAAAAUUUCGAAGUUCGGCCUCUCGACGAGACCGGCAAUGUGCCAGCUGGACACAACGACUCAGCGUUUGUUUCUUUUUCUCUUUUCCUCUUCUUUUUUGUAGCACAAAUAACUCAAGUUUUAUGAGGAAGUUGAAAAACGGGAAGAUCGGUCCUCGUUUAUAAAUAGUUUUCAAGCAGGUGGGAAAAAUCAGAGUGCCUCCUAAAGGGGUUUCAAGGCAGAUAGUAUAUCUCCAAUUUGACGAUUAUGUGAGCUUGAAAAUGGUUUAAUACCGUUAUUCAACAAUUUUUUUCUGGCACGAUUUCAAUUGAACCGCGAGCGACUAUUUGGAGAGCUCGUUUAUCGCUUUUUUCGUUUCUUUCUCAAUUUUCAUUGAUUUUUUUCAUCUGUGCGUUUGAAAAGGGUAGAAUAUAUACAAAAAGAGCGGUAACCGAGCUUUUCAAAUAGUCGGUGGCUCUUGAAUUCAACUCGAGCUAAGAACCGCGUACGCAUACGCUACGCGUCCCGCCCAUUUCUCCGCCUCCCUCACCUUUAAAUUCGGGAUGAAUUGACUAUACUCAAAAAGCUUUCAGACGAUCUGCACACAUAACGCGCACGGAGCAGCUCGAGAACGCCCAAGUGACGGGAGCGCUGGCGUCGUUCGACAUCAAGGCAGCUUUCGUCAAGCCGCUGAUCAUAGGAGUCGAAAACGACGACAACAGCUGCAGAGUUAGCCGCGUCGUCUUGGCCUCACUUAUCGACGUUACAGGAUACGGUAGAGGACGUCGCCAGCGACAUGGAGGACAUGAUCUUCGCUCCUUUGCUUUUUCCCAUCCUCCCGGAGGCAGUGAAAGCCUUCCGCGUCUACGAAGACGAUCCUGUCCGUCUCAUUCGACUCUAGUCACUUCAUCGCAAUUUUCAGGGGGCUGAUAGGAAAACGACACUUUCGAAAAUCGACGGAACCUUACUACAGACCUCGGUUGGCUCCCGCGACGACGACAAUGCCGUGCCCGUGUUCAGAAGCGCCACCAGGCUCUGA